AUGGAGGCCGUUCCCCGCAUGCCCAUGAUAUGGCUGGAUCUGAAGGAGGCUGGUGACUUCCUCUUCCAGUCCGCCGUUAAGAAGUUUGUUCUGAAGAAUUAUGGAGAGAACCCAGAAGCCUACAAUGAGGAACUGAAGAAACUGGAGUUGCUCAGGCAGAAUGCCAUCCGUGUCCCACGGGACUUCGAAGGCUGCAGCGUCCUUCGCAAGUACCUAGGCCAGCUCCACUACCUGCAGAGUCGAGUCCCCAUGGGCUUGGGCCAAGAGGCUGCUGUCCCUGUUACCUGGACAGAGAUCUUCUCAGGCAAGUCUGUGGCCCAUGAGGACAUCAAGUAUGAGCAAGCCUGCAUUCUUUACAAUCUUGGGGCGCUGCACUCCAUGCUGGGGGCCAUGGACAAGCGACUCUCUGAGGAGGGCAUGAAGGUUUCCUGCACCCACUUCCAGUGUGCAGCUGGCGCCUUUGCCUACCUGCGUGAGCACUUUCCUCAGGCCUACAGUGUUGACAUGAGCCGUCAGAUCCUCACUCUCAAUGUCAACCUCAUGCUGGGCCAGGCUCAGGAGUGUCUCCUGGAGAAGUCGAUGUUGGACAACAGGAAGAGCUUUCUGGUGGCUCGCAUCAGUGCCCAGGUUGUAGAUUACUACAAAGAGGCCUGCCGUGCCUUGGAGAACCCCGACACCGCCUCGCUGCUGGGCCGCAUCCAGAAGGACUGGAAGAAGCUGGUGCAGAUGAAGAUCUACUACUUUGCAGCUGUGGCUCAUCUGCACAUGGGGAAGCAGGCGGAGGAGCAGCAGAAGUUCGGGGAGCGGGUUGCAUACUUCCAGAGUGCCCUGGACAAGCUCAAUGAAGCCAUCAAGUUGGCCAAGGGCCAGCCUGACACUGUACAGGAUGCACUUCGCUUCGCUAUGGAUGUCAUUGGGGGAAAGUACAAUUCUGCCAAGAAGGACAAUGACUUCAUCUACCACGAGGCAGUCCCAGCACUGGACACCCUUCAACCUGUAAAAGGUGCCCCCUUGGUGAAGCCCUUGCCAGUGAACCCCACUGACCCUGCUGUCACAGGCCCUGACAUCUUUGCCAAACUGGUGCCCAUGGCUGCCCACGAGGCCUCGUCACUGUACAGUGAGGAAAAGGCUAAGCUGCUUCGGGAAAUGAUGGCCAAGAUUGAGGACAAGAACGAGGUCCUGGAUCAGUUCAUGGAUUCCAUGCAGCUGGAUCCUGAGACGGUGGAUAAUCUGGACGCAUACAACCACAUCCCUCCCCAGCUCAUGGAGAAGUGUGCAGCUCUCAGUGUCCGGCCUGACACUGUCCGCAACCUUGUCCAGUCCAUGCAAGCGCUGUCAGGCGUGUUCACGGACGUGGAGGCCUCUCUGAAGGACAUAAGGGAGCUGCUGGAGGAGGAUGAGCUUCUAGAACAGAAGUUCCAGGAGGCAGUGGGCCAGGCAGGAGUCAGCUCAGCAGCUCCCAAGGCUGAGCUGACAGAGGUGAAGCGAGAAUGGGCCAAAUACAUGGAGGUCCACGAGAAGGCCUCCUUCACCAACAGUGAGCUGCAUCGCGCCAUGAAUCUGCACGUUGGUAACCUGCGCCUGCUCAGUGGGCCUCUGGACCAGGUCCGGGCUGCCCUCCCUACACCAACCCUCACCCCAGAGGACAAGACUGUACUGCAGAACCUGAAGCGCAUCUUGGCCAAAGUGCAGGAGAUGCGGGACCAGCGUGUGUCCCUGGAGCAGCAGCUGCGGGAACUCAUCCAGAAGGAUGACAUCACGGCCUCACUGGUCACCACAGACCACUCAGAGAUGAAGAAGCUGUUUGAGGAGCAGCUGAAGAAGUACGACCAGCUGAGGGUGUACCUGGAACAGAACCUGGCUGCCCAGGACAAUAUCCUCCGAGCACUGACAGAGGCAAAUGUCCAGUAUGCAGCUGUGCGGCGUGUGCUCAAUGAACUGGACCAGAAGUGGAACUCCACACUACAGACCCUGGUGGCCUCCUACGAAGCCUAUGAGGACCUGAUGAAGAAGUCUCAGGAAGGCAAAGACUUCUACGCAGACCUGGAAAGCAAGGUGGCUACUCUCCUGGAACACGCUCAGACCACUUGUGAGGCUCGAGAGGCAGCGCGCCAGCAGCUCCUGGACAGGGAGUUGAAGAAGAAGCCUCCCCCACGGCCCACAGCUCCCAAACCAGUGCUGGCCCGCAGGGAGGAGGGUGAGGUGCCAGAGACAGGAGACCCUCCUGAGGAGUUGCGCAGCCUGCCCCCUGACACCUUCAUGGGAACAGCUACUGCGCUCCACUUUCCUCCCAGCCCCUUCCCCGGCUCCACAGGCCCAGCACCCCACUAUCUUCCAAAUCCUUUGCCCCCUGGUACCUACUCGGGCCCCCCAUUGCUACAGCCCAGGCCUCCCCACCAAGUCCCAGGGCACCCCACAGUGCCCGUGGCUUCUGGACCUGCCCUUUAUCCCACCCCUGCCUACACUCCUGAGCUGGCCCUCGUGCCCCGAUCAUCCCCGCAGCACGGUGUCCUCGGUGGUCCGUACAGGGGAGGAGCACCACUGCCACCACCAGUCCCAGGUCUGCCCUCAGCCCCACCUCCCCAGUUCUCAGGCCCCGAAUUGGCCAUGGGGGUUCGGCCAGCUACCACAACAGUAGAUAGUGUCCAGGCCCCCAUUCCCAGUCACAUGGCACCAAGACCAAAUGCUGCCCCUGUUCCCAGCCAGCCCUGCUUUCCAGUACCUCCAUCACAGCCGCUGGGCACGCCCUACACCUACCCUAUAGGGUCCAAGCAACCCCUUACAGCAUCCUCAGCCCAGCACCAUUUCCCUCCCAGGAUCCCCACAGGUUUUCCAGCCCCAAGAGUUGGCCCCCCGCCCCAUCCUACACGAACGGCCUUUGGGCCCCAGCAGCCUCUUCCACUUCAGCAUCCACACCUUUUCCCUCCCCAGGCUCCAGGGCCCCUUCCUCCACAGCCCCCUUUCCCCUUUGUCCCUCAGCCUGUCCUUGGACAGCUGCCACCUCCCAUGCACACCCAGCUCUACCCAGGCCCCACACAAGACCCUUUACUCCCCCACUCGGGAACUCUGCCUUUCCCUAGUCCUAGGCCUCCCCAGCCUUCCCAUCCCACCAUGGCAUAUGCCCCUUCCCCCAGUCCCCUGGGCCCCCAGGCAGCCCCUCUCUCCAUUCGAUGCCCCCCACCUGCCAAUCAGCCAGCGCCGAGUCCCCACCUGGUGCCUUCUCCUGCCCCAUCACCGGGGCCUGGCCCUGUAGCCUCUCGACCCCCUGCAGGAGAGCCACCCCCAUGCCUGCGCCGAGGCUCUGCAGCUGCAGACUUGCUCUCCUCCAGCCCCGAGAGCCAACAUGGUGGCUCCCAGCCUCCAGGGGGUGGACAGCCCCUGCUGCAACCCACCAAGGUAGACGCAGCAGACGGCCGCCGGCCCCAGGCCCUUCGUCUGAUUGAGCGGGACCCCUAUGAGCAUCCUGAGAGGCUCCGGCAGUUGCAGCAGGAGCUGGAAGCUUUUCGGGGCCAGCUGGGGGAUGCAGGGGCUCUGGACACUGUCUGGCGGGAGCUGCAAGAUGCACAGGAACAGGAUGCUCGGGGCCGAUCUAUCGCCAUUGCCCGCUGCUACUCACUCAAGAACCGACACCAAGACGUAAUGCCCUAUGACAGUAACCGGGUGGUACUGCGCUCAGGCAAGGAUGACUACAUCAAUGCCAGCCGCGUGGAGGGACUCUCACCGUACUGCCCGCCCUUGGUGGCCACCCAGGCCCCCCUACCUGGCACAGCUGCUGACUUCUGGCUCAUGGUGCAUGAGCAGAAAGUGUCAGUCAUUGUCAUGCUGGUGUCUGAGGCAGAAAUGGAGAAGCAAAAGGUGACACGCUACUUCCCCACGGAGAGGGGCCAGCCCACAGUGCACGGUGCCCUGACCUUGGCCCUGAGCAGUGUUCGCACCACUGAAACCCAUGUGGAGCGCGUGCUGAGCUUACAGUUCCGGGACCAGAGCCUCAAGCGCUCUCUCGUACAUCUGCACUUUCCCACCUGGCCUGAACUAGGCCUGCCCGACAGCCCCAGCAACCUGCUCCGCUUCAUCCAGGAGGUGCAUGCGCACUACCUGCACCAGCGUCCCCUGCACACUCCCAUUGUUGUGCACUGCAGCUCCGGUGUGGGCCGCACAGGUGCCUUUGCCCUGCUUUACGCGGCUGUGCAGGAGGUGGAAGCUGGGAAUGGCAUCCCGGAGCUGCCUCAGCUGGUGCGGCGCAUGCGGCAACAGAGGAAGCACAUGCUGCAAGAGAAGUUGCACCUGAAGUUCUGCCACGAGGCUGUGGUGAGACAUGUGGAGCAGGUUCUACAGCGACAUGGCAUGCCCCCUCCCUGCAAGCCCUUGGCCACUGCAGGCAUCAGCCAGAAGAAUCACCUGCCUCAGGACUCUCAGGACCUAGUCCUUGGCGGUGAUGUGCCCAUCAGUUCUAUUCAAGCCACCAUCGCCAAGCUCAGCAUCCGACCUUCAGGAGGCUUGGAGUCCCAGGCUACCAUUCUGCUAGGCCCUGCAGAACCCCCAGGCCCACCUCCAGCCAAUCUCCCAGAACCCACCCAGCUCCCUCCCUCCUCCCCACCCCCUCCUUCCUCUCCUCUGCCUGAGGACCCCCAACCUGAGGAGGAACUUCUGGUGCCUGAAGCCUCUAGCCUGGGGCCCCCCUCCUCCUCCCUGGAGCUGCUGGCCUCCUUGACCCCUGAGGCCUUCUCCCUGGACAGCUCCUUGCGAGGAAAGCAGCGAAUGAGCAAGCAGAACUUUCUGCAGGCCCAUAAUGGGCAGGGACUUCGUGCUGCCCGGCCUGCUGAUGACCCCCUCAGCCUUCUGGACCCACUCUGGACACUCAACAAGACCUGA